AUGUCAAACUUAAUCAACAAACUCUCUGAGAAACUUGGAGACAAGAACGAAAAAUCAGAAGACCAACAUUUGUCUUCUUCUGGCAGCGGUGGUAGAAAUUCAGGAUUCGAUAAUUCUGAUGACUACUCGGAACAAACCCAGCAAAGAGGAAUGGGUGGUUCUCUAGGUGGUCACAAUACGAGAAUGGGUGGUCAAAGCAGAUCACGGCAAACAAGAUCAGGUGGCGGUAUGAGGGAUGAUGUUGAGGAUUUUGAGGAUAACAUUGAUAAGACCAUGAAGGGUAAGACAGGCCGUAAUGAUGAAGCCGGAGAUUGGCAGGGUAACCAAGAAUCGAUGAAAUUCCAAAAGGAUUCUUCGAAAUCAGGAUCUGGUUAUGGUGAUGAAUAA